AUGAAUGAUGAUGAUAGAAGGGCUCAUUUAGAACGAUGUUCCUCCACUGCCCGUAUUGUGUCCGGCUGGGAGGCCGCAGAGGGCCAGAUCCCAUGGCAGCUGUCCCUGCGAAUGGUGGACCCGACUGGGGCUGUGUCUUCAUGCGGAGGCUCAGUCAUCCACCCUGAAUGGGGUCUGACUGCCGCUCACUGCACUGCUACCCGCGUAACCAUGGUGCUCCGCUGCGGCGCAGUCAGCCUUUGGCGUCCGGAACUCAUCUUUGAGACCUAUGAGUACUUCAACCAUCCUCUGUAUAUUGACGCCCUGCAGUCUGUCGUGCAGCCUCAUGAUAUAUCUCUUUUAAAGUUCCAACGUACCAUCACCUUCUCUGACCGUGUGCAGCCCAUCCGUGUGCAGAACUCUCUCGAUAGGAACCGCAACUACGAUGGCGUAAGGCUUAUCGCUUCUGGUUGGGGACGCACUUGGACCAACGGAGCUACUCCCGAGAACCUGCAGUGGGUGUACCUGGCCGGAGACUCGAACCAACGCUGCUCCUCUGCCUUCGGCGGCAGCUCCAUCAUCGUCGACUCCACCAUCUGCGCCAGUUCCUACAAUGUCACCAGCCAGUCUACUUGUCAGGGUGAUAGUGGCGGCCCUCUCGUCGAUUUGGAAGAGGACGGCAAAUACACGCUGGUCGGCGUCACGUCCUUCGUGUCAGCUCUAGGAUGCCAUGCUGGCAUGCCUGCCGGUUUCAUUCGUCCCGGACACUACCACGAUUGGAUUACCGACGUGACCGGUAUCAACUUCGACUGGGUCCCAGAACCGCCCACCGACUCCAGCGAGUCCAAAUCCAGCGAGUCUAGUGAAAGCGAAGAAAAAUCUAAGUCUGCUGAGUCCUCUGAGGAAACCUCUGAGGCCGAAUCUAACGAAACUCCUGAGGCCGAAUCGAAUGAAACCCCUGACGCUGAAUCUAACGAAACUCCUGAGGUUGAAUCAAAUGAAACCUCUGAGGCCGAAUCGAAUGAAACCCCUGAGGCCGAAUCGGAUGAAACCCCUGAGGCCGAAUCUAACGAAACACCUGAGGCGGAAUCAAAUGAAACACCUGAGGCUGAAUCUAACGAAACCCCUGAGGCGGAAUCGAAUGAAACCCCUGAGGCCGAAUCAAAUGAAACUCCCGAGGCCGAAUCAAAUGAAACACCUGAGGCUGAAUCUAACGAAACCCCUGAGGCUGAAUCGAAUGAAACCCCUGAGGCCGAAUCAAAUGAAACAUCUGAGGCUGAAUCUGGCGAAACCCCUGAGGCCGAAUCAAAUGAAACACCUGAGGCCGAAUCAAAUGAAACACCUGAGGCUGAAUCUAACGAAACCCCUGAGGCGGAAUCAAAUGAAACCCCUGAGGCCGAAUCAAAUGAGACUCCCGAGGCCGAAUCAAAUGAAACACCUGAGGCUGAAUCUAACGAAACCCCUGAGGCCGAAUCGAAUGAGACCCCUGAGGCCGAAUCAAAUGAAACCCCUGAGGCCGAAUCGGAUGAAACACCUGAGGCUGAAUCUAACGAAACCCCUGAGGCGGAAUCGAAUGAAACCCCUGAGGCCGAAUCUGAGGAGACUAGCGAGGAGGAACAGUCUCGCCUUUUCUGGUCAGUCUUCCGCGGUGCCUCGUUGAGUGCCUUUGGCAAAUAUUAA